AUGCUUGGAGGAACUUUCAGAUUUCCCGAAGAUAGUGCUCUUCCUGGGUCCUAUAUAAUUGUACCCCAUAUCAUUGUCAGUUACGAGGCAUUUAGACUACAUAAGCACAUAAUGAAACCAUUUUCUAGGAAGGCAAGCAGAGAAGACGAUUCCAAAAAAAAUUUUAACUAUAGACUAAGCCGUGCCAGGCGAGUUACAGAAAAUGCUUUCGGUUUGCUCAGUCAAAUAUUUAGAGUCUUUUACCAGCCUAUUUACAUACAGAUAACGACAUGUGAUGAUUUAAUUUGGAUUGCAUGUUGUUUGCAUAAUAUGUUGAGGGAUGCUUACAUGGGAAAUAAUAAACGACCAUUCUAUGUGCUAGAUUCUGAACAAAUAGAACCCACCAAUAACAUGAUAUCAAUGACAAGAGGAGGCGGAUUUUACACUAUCGAGGGAUUUUAA